CUCCGCCGUAGAAACCACCCAUCAACAACCACAAAAUGGGUAUGAAACCAUGGUGUUGGCCCGGAACAUGGGUUUAGGAGUAGAUCAUCAUAUGUUGCUUCAUAAUUCAACAAAGAUUCUAUCCACUAAUAAUAUCAUAGAUGUUGUCCCUAAUUCUAGUGGGUCCCAUGGUGGUGAUGGUGGUGUUGUUAGGUGGCCAAGACAAGAAACUCUUUGUCUUCUUGAAGUUAGAUCUAAACUUGACCAUAAGUUUAAAGAAGCUAAUCAAAAAGCUCCUCUUUGGGAUGAAGUUGCUAGGGUAAUGUUGGAGGAGCAUGGAUAUCAAAGAACAGGCAAAAAAUGCAGGGAAAAGUUCGAAAAUUUGUACAAAUACUACAAGAAAACUAAGGAAGGUAAAGCAGGAAGACAAGAUGGAAAACACUAUAGAUUUUUCAAACAACUUGAUGCACUCUUUGGAGAAAAUCACCCAUUAAAUUCAGAUAAUACCCACCAAAUUUCUGAAAUUAUUACUUCUUUUAACAAAAACCCAACAAUCCCAACUAAUUUGGGAACAUUUGAAAACCAUCCCUUAAGCUGUCCUCCAAGUGUAAGCCUCUCAAAUUCAUCAAAUUAUGAUACAUCCUCUUUAGAUGAUAUUAUAAGAGAAAAGAAGAAAAAGAGAGGAAAGGGUAGUUGGAAGGCUAAGAUAAAAGAGUUUUUAGAUCAUCAAAUGAGGAAAAUAAUGGAAAAACAAGAAGAUUGGGUUGAGAAAAUGAUGAAAAUAAUGGAAAAUAGAGAAAAAGAAAGGAUUGAAAGGGAAGAACAAUGGAGGAAACAAGAAAUUGAAAGAAUGGAAAAAGAAUAUAAGUUUUGGGCCAAUGAACGGGCUUGGAUUGAAGCCCGAGAUUUAGUCAUCAAAUCUGCAUUAGAAAAGAUAAGCAAUGAUCAUCAUCAUCAUGGUUUUGAUCAUGAUCAUGAUGAGAAUCAAUGGUUGGAAAGUGAGGUCACACGGCUUAUCCAACUCCGGAGUAGUAUGGAAUCAAGGUUUCAACAAUGUGGGUUUUUAGAGGAUGUUUUGUGGGAAGAUAUUGGUGCAAAAAUGUCAUUUGUUGGGUAUGAUAGAAGUGGGAUAGUGUGCAAAGGGAAAUGGGAUAGUAUUAUUAAUAAUAAGUAUUUUCAAGAGAAAGAUAAUAAUCUUAUUAUUAGGGAUAUUAAUGAGGUUAAGAAGAAGAGAAAGGAGAAUUAUGGAGAGGUUAGUAAUACUAAUAAUGAUUAUAAUAAUAAUAAUAAUAAUAAUAAUAAUAAUAAUAAUAAUAAUAAUAAUAAUAAUAAUAGUGAUCAUAAUAAUGAAGGUUGUGGUGGAAUCGAAGGAUUAUACAUGAAUCAUCAUUUGGGAAGUUUAAGUACUAAUUGUGAGUUUAAUAAUAAUAAUAAUAAUCCAAGGCUUCAACUUAAUGAAGGUUCAUCUUCCCUAUCUUCUCACAAUUCAAACGUUAAUCAGAGAAUUAUGGGUUGACAUAGUGGUUGAAAGACGGGUUUGAUUCUGACUACUUAAAAAAUGAUUAAUUUUUUUUGUUUGUAGGGGAUUCUCUAGGCUUACCUCUAUAAAUAGAAUGUUGAUCAUGUUAUUGUUACUAUUAAUGCUAAUAUUAAUGCUAACGCUAAUGCUAAUGUUGGUAUUGGUAGUGAUAGUAGUAGUAGACUAAUGCUAAUGUUGGUAUUGGAUGAACCUCAACAAUGGAAGAAAUCAAUUUUCUUAAUUAUAUUUUUAUGGUGUAAUUAAAUGAAUAACUAGUCAGCUAAUAUUGGUGGUUCUGAAUAUGUGUAGGAUGUUUGAUUGUAUAGGCCCUGAAUAUCAGUUUACAUUAGUUUUUCUUUAAUUUACUUACAAGUUUUUAGGCUCCAAAAUUGCAAAAAAUAAUGUAAGAUGAUUAGGACUUUAAAAAUUAUUGUGUAUUUUUGCU